GUCCGGGACUUUAGUACCGACGUUUAUCGAGAAGAUCGUUCAACCGACACUGAAAUCAUGUUCAGAUUGCUGAUACCGUGCCUGAUAUGGCUGUCAAGCGUCCGCUCGGAAACCGCAGUGGACAUGCACAUGCACAUGCCGGAUGGCAUGAUGGAAGACAAAGCGGCUAUGAAAAGGGAGUCGUAUUAUAACCCGUGCCCUCCGACUUACUCGCAUCCUAUCUCGUACUCGCCGCCACCGCAAAUUUACGUGAAACCGUACGUGCAACCAGCGCCGAUACAGUACAUUCCGAAACCGAUGAUCACCUACGUGAAACCAUCUCCACCACCGGUCGUUGUGAAACCAGCCCCGGUAAUCGUAAAGCCGAUCGUUCAACAAAAAGUGGUUUACCCGAUCUAUCAAAAACCGAUGUUCUCGUAUGCGCCAAUCUAUCAAAAACCCAUCUAUUACGCGCCUAUGUAUCAGAAAUUGAUGUAUCAGGCACCUAAGGUGUACUUGAAGAAAUACGAACUACCGAUUACCCAAGUGAUUCAGAAGCCUCAGAUUUCGUAUCCCAUUCAGUACCAUCAGCCGAAAGUGGUACAGAUCCCGGCGCCACAGAUCAAUUUGGUGAAGCUCGCACAACCCAUCGUUCAUACCCAGCCUAUUUACCAAUCGUCCAUAAAACCGUACUGCCCUUAAGAAAAAUUCAUGGACAAAUGUCACGGUGCGAUUGCAACGAUCGAGUCGAUCGAUCGCUUAGGUCUUUUGAGAACGUUCCGGAAAAUCGGAAGAUAAUUCGGCGUUUCCGAGAAACUUUUCGCCCAUUGAAAC